GUGAAGGUCAAAAAAACGACGCUGUUUUAGCCCAUGCCCUGAUAAGAAAAUCGCAAGAGAAAAAUUUCUUAUCGCUCUUUACUUUCUGCAGCUACUCGAGUAUUGCCCAUCAGCUAUCCUCAUCCUCAUCCCACCACAACCAACCUUAACCACCAAUCUGCGGAUACGACCAUUACCAGCAUUCUCUGGGUCACCAUCUAUUUCGCUUACUCUCCCCUUAUUGAGCUGUCGAUGAACAAAACUACACAAAAUGAACAUUUCGCAGCCGGUCGCGUCUGCCAUUGGCAGCGUGGACUUUGCAUUUCUCACACAGGCGGAAAUCAGGGCGCUGUCUGUGAAGCGCAUUGAGAAUCCCCAGACCUACGAUACCCUCAACCAUCCAAUUCCUGGUGGUCUAUACGAUCCAGCUUUGGGCGCAUCAGGGGACCUCUUGUAUGUUGGAACUUACCCCCGUGUAUAGAAUCGCAAUCGCCCGUGCUAACCAGCAAUGCAGCUGCUCGACAUGUAACCUGAAAGACAAACUCUGUCCGGGCCAUUGUGGUCAUAUCGACCUCGUCACACCAGUCUACCAUCCUACCUUUAUGACCCAGAUGCUGAGAUUACUACGAGCAAAAUGCCACUUUUGCGAUCGUCUCAGAUUAUCACAGAAAGAAGUCAACCGAUACAUGUGUAAACUCCGACUGAUACAACACGGACUAUUGGGUCCUGCCGAGGAUGUGGACCGCAUUGAAUAUUCAAAAAGCGACGAAGAGGAUGGUGAGAAGAGUAGUAGCAGCGAUGCCGUCGAUCGGACUAUGCGAGAGCGAAAUAAAUUCGUGAAAAGGACUAUCAAAGCAGCGAAGGAUGCUCCAUGGGACUGGCAACUGGAGAAAAACGAGGCCGUGGCCGAAGCGCGUCGGGUGGUCAUCAAAGAUUUCAUGAGAUCAAUUACUUUGGGUAGAAACUGCGCCAGUUGCAAGGCUGUCUCUCCGACCUAUCGAAAAGACAAGUUUGUCAAGAUUUUCGAGAAGGAGUUAAGUCCCAAGGAAAAUGCCAAAAACUCUCUCAACAAUUCGCGCGCGAAGGAUGCCGUCCUUGUCUUGAGGGAGAGGGAUAAGGCCCACCAAAAACCAGAGGGUGACUUUGACGAAGGAAUCGCAGAUAUCGAUUUGGCAUCCAAUGAAUCGAAUGACGAUGACGAGGGCGACGGGGAGGACCUAGAUGCUGAUAGGGAUGUAGUUAUGGAUCAGACCACAACUUCCAAAUCCAAUGUCGCCCCUAAGGUACAGAAAUAUUUGAAUCCGUCUGUAGUAAAGGCACGGCUGGAAUUGCUGUUUGAGAAUGAGCAGGAAAUCUUUUCCUUGAUCUACAACUCACGCUCAACUGCUAAAAAAGCCACAAAAGUAUCAGCAAAUAUGUUUUUCAUCGAAACCCUAUUGGUUCCUCCAAACGGAUAUCGACCUGACGCCAAAACCGGAGACAGUGAAGUUACAGAGGCACAACAAAACAAACUCUACCAAAAUAUCCUGACGAAUUGUCAAUUAAUCCAACAAAUCUUUCGUGAAAUAGGACACCCAGACGAGGUCACCAAAUACCGCCCCAGGGAUUUCACCGACCUUCAAGAGGCUUGGACACAACUUCAACAUGCCGUAAAUUCUUUAAUCGAUCGGGAUCGAAACCCUAUCACGGGCGCUGCGGGCAAGAAGAAUGAAGAUGGGAUUAAGCAGAAAUUGGAAAAAAAGGAGGGAUUGUUCAGAAAGAACAUGAUGGGAAAGCGAGUCAACUUUGCUGCUCGUAGUGUCAUCUCCCCCGAUCCAAACAUCGAAACCAACGAGAUUGGUGUACCGCCAGUAUUUGCGGAAAAGCUGACUUAUCCGGAGCCAGUUACAAGUCACAAUUUCAAGGACAUGCAACAAGCUGUGAUCAAUGGCCCGACAAAGUGGCCUGGAGCCUCAGCAGUUGAGAAUGAACACGGACAGGUUAUCAGUUUAACGACCAAGACAGCAGAUGAAAGGUUAGCAAUUGCAAAUCAAUUGCUAGCGCCAACCAACAGUAGAUCAACCGGAGCGCGGAAUAAGAAGGUCCACCGUCACCUCACUAAUGGCGAUGUGGUUUUGAUGAAUCGACAACCGACUCUUCACAAGCCCUCUAUGAUGGGACAUCGUGUCAGAGUUCUGCCAGGCGAAAAGACUCUUCGUAUGCACUAUGCAAACUGUAACACUUACAACGCGGAUUUCGAUGGAGAUGAGAUGAACAUGCAUUUCCCUCAGAAUGAAAUUGCAAGAGCCGAAGCUUUACAAAUUGCGGAUACCGAUCAUCAAUAUCUGGCUGCUACUUCAGGGAAGCCUUUGAGAGGUCUCAUUCAAGAUCACAUUUCUGUCUCGGUUUGGAUGUGUAGUAGAGAUACGUUUUUCGAUCGUGGGACUUACCAACAGCUUGUGUACAACGCCUUGCGGCCCGAGGAUGGACACAUCGUUGGUGAGCGCAUUGAAACAGUUACGCCGGCCAUCAUCAAGCCAGUGCCGCUCUGGACAGGAAAGCAAGUCAUUACUACAAUCCUCAAGAACAUCAAACCUCUGGAAUGCUCUCCAUUAUACCUCACGGGCAAGUCCCAAGUGCCAAAGGAUCGAUGGGGCUCCGAUUCAGAAGAAGGUGUUGUCCUUUUCAAGGAUGGAGAGUUCGUCACAGGUAUUCUUGACAAAGCCCAGAUUGGUCCCAGUGGUGGCGGAUUGGUCCAUUCUAUUCACGAAGUAUAUGGCGCAACUGCCGCUGGAAAAAUGCUGAGUACUCUCGGCCGACUUCUCACAAAGUUCCUGCAUAUGAGAGCUUUCACUUGUGGUAUGGAUGAUCUGCGGCUUACUCCUGAGGGUGAGCAGAUUCGAAAAGAAAAACUGGAGGAGGCUCAACAUAUCGGGUUGGAGGUUGCCUCGAAAUAUGUCAGUUUACAGGAUCAGAAUCCAACUGAUACUGACCCCGAAUUGAUGAACCGGAUGGAAGAUGUGUUGAGAGAUGACAGCAAACAAGGCGGUCUAGAUAUCAUGAUGAAUGCCCGCUCUGGAACUUUGUCUGGUGGUAUCACAAAAGCCUGUCUUCCGGUCGGUCUGGUCAAGCAAUUUCCAAAGAAUCAAAUGCAAAACAUGACAGUUUCUGGUGCCAAGGGAAGUGGAGUCAACGCAAAUCUCAUUUCUUGUAACCUGGGUCAACAAGUUUUGGAGGGUCGUCGUGUACCAAUUAUGGUCAGUGGUAAAACUCUUCCAUGUUUCAGACCAUACGAGACCAAUAUCCGGGCUGGUGGAUAUAUCGUGAAUCGUUUCUUUUCAGGUAUUCGUCCUCAGGAGUACUAUUUCCACGCAAUGGCCGGAAGAGAAGGUUUGAUCGAUACCGCCGUCAAGACCUCCAGAUCCGGCUAUCUGCAGAGAUGUCUCAUCAAGGGGAUGGAGGGUUUGAAAGUUGAGUAUGACACAUCUGUCAGAGAUUCUGAUGGGUCCAUGGUGCAGUUCCUGUACGGUGAGGAUGGCUUGGAUGUGACGAAGCAGAUGCAUCUAACAAACUUCAAAUUCCUUCUUGAGAACCUGAUCUCCGAGCUUGCUCAGCUUAACUAUGGCGACCCAAAUUACGACAAAAUUUUCGAAGAGAAAGAAGCCAUAUUGAAGCAAAUGAAAAAGGCCCUGAAGCACGCCAAGGUCAACGACGUGAAUGGCCCUGAGCCAAUCCUCGCACGUUACAACCCUGGAAAGUCUGGUUAUGCAACCUCGGAAAAGUUCUUCGAUGCUCUCACAGACUACUUGAAGACGAAUCCUGACGGACUGGUAAGAGACAAGGAGCACAAAUCAGGUGUAGGAGUCCGAAAAGCACUAGAGACUGUGUUGGCUGCAAAAUAUCUCAGAUCCGUCGUUGAUCCUGGUGAGGCUGUUGGAAUCGUUGCCGGUCAAUCUGUCGGAGAACCGUCCACGCAAAUGACCCUAAACACUUUCCACUUGGCUGGUCACUCGACAAAGAACGUAACCUUGGGUAUUCCUCGUUUGCGAGAAAUUGUUAUGACAGCGAGUGCUAAAAUAGCUACCCCAUCCAUGACGGUGCGCUUAAAUCCAGAGAUGAACGAGGAACAAGGUGAGAAGUUCGCGAAGGGCAUCAGUGUAUUGUCUUUGGGUGAAGUUCUGGACGAAGCGAUAGUGAAGGAACGUGUUGGUCCUGGUGUGGCCCAUGCAACGGCCAGAACCUAUGAGAUACAUAUUAGACUUUUUCCUUCCAAGGAGUACUGCGAGACUUAUGCCAUCCAAGUCGCCGAUGUUGUCGAUACUUUGGAGAGAAAAUUCGCACCCAAGUUGCAAGCUCUCACAAACAAAGCAAUGGGUAGAAAGAAGGAAGAGAAGAAGAACAAGAACGCUGGCGUACCCGAGAUUGGUGUAUCUUCAGGACGCAUCGAGGAGGCUGCGCCAACCAGUCGAGGUUCGGUGGAGAGAGACGAUGAAGAUGACGAUGACGCAGAAGAGGAUGAUGCCAAGAAGACAGCUCAGGCAUCAACAAAUCGUGGAGAGGGUGUAAGCUAUGCCGCAAACGAUGAUGAUGAUGAUCGAGUACAGGCCGAGACGCUGAGGGAUGCUGAGCAAGAAGAUGCCGAUGUUCCAGAUAUUGAGGAUGAGGGCAUCGGUGAUAGUCCGCGUGAACCUGCCAGCGAUGAUGAGGAAGAGGAGUUAAAGAGCAAACCGGUCACCGGAACAUCUGCUGAACGCCAGGAACGAGUUAUGGGUAAAUGUUCAGACGUUGUGCAUUUCCAAUUCGAUGAGGAAAAGGGCGAAUGGUGUGAUAUUACUCUUGAAUAUGGUGCUGAUGCCCCUAAAAUUUUGAUGAUGACCGUCGUUGAGGCUGCUCUACGCCAGUGUCUCAUUCAGCAGAUUCCCGGCCUUGGGGCCUGUACAUAUGUCCCUGAUGGAGAAGUAGACGACUUAGCAACAGGCAAAAAGGUCACCGUUCCAGUUGUGCAUACGGCAGGUGUCAACCUGAAGGCCAUGCAAUCAUAUGCUGAGUAUCUCAACCCUAAUACCAUCUCUACCAACGACAUCGCAGCAAUGCUCAACAAUUAUGGUGUGGAAGCAUGUCGCGCAACCAUUAUCCAAGAACUUUCUGGUGUUUUCGGUGGUCACGGUAUCAGUGUUGAUAACAGGCACUUGAACUUGAUUGCUGAUUUCAUGACAAGAGGUGGAGGGUUCAGUCCCUUCAAUCGAAAUGGAUUGAGAGGGAGUGUUAGUCCUUUCAUGAAGAUGAGUUUCGAAACUACGGUUGGAUUCUUGGCGGAUGCGGUCACGGAUGGGGAUUGGGACGACCUUUCGAAUCCAAGUUCCAGAAUUGUGGUUGGACGAAUGAGUAAGGUUGGAACCGGUGCCUUUGAUGUUUUGACCCAGGUCCCAGCCAGGAAGGAGGAUGAGAUUAAGAACGUUGAGGAGAUGGGGUUAUGAUUUUGAUAAGCCUGGACUUGCUUUGUUUGCGUAGGUAGCGGUGUCUUGGGCGUUUUGAUGUUUUCUUGCAUGUAUAAUAUGGUGGCAUGCAAAAUCAUAUAAAUGAUAUUUGAACUUGG